AUGCGGCGCUUUGCCGCCGGAACGGCGGCUGGAUGGGCUCUGCAUCGGAUGAACGAAACGCUGGAUAAUGGUCUUCCACAGGGUUUGCGCAUUGAGGCCGUGAAGGAAGGCGAAGAGCCCGUCAGCUUCGGCCCUUCUGCUGUUCUUGCUCACUACGGCCGGGGAUGGAGCUUACAGACGAUCACGGAAGAAGGUAGGCAUGGAGAAGAAGCUCUCUGGAAUGGUGGGCCAACGCUCCUAAAGAUUCUCAUUGUCUUAUGGUUCUAG